GUUUGUUACACACCUUUUUAACAAUCACAUGCUUUUCAAUCGAGUACUAAUGGAGCCUCCAAAUGUAUCCAAUGCUGAUCAAAUAUUGCAAUUAAAGAAAUGGAUAACAUUUAUUCAAAGAUUGACCAUUUUUCUAGACAUCUCCUUGAUCGUCACUGAUUCGUUUACCUACUUUAACUUUGUACAAAAAGAUAUUCCUGUCUCUGAUAGAGUCACCGAUAAAAUUGUCAUACUGUGCUACAUCGCUGUUCCAGUUUACAUAUAUUUUCGAGCUGUUCACAUUUUUUGUCACUAUAAAAUAAUUCGAGACGUUCAUCACCGUACCAUUCUCGGGACGAAUGGAACACAAAUUCUUGUCAAAAGUCUCAUCGGAAGCCGAGUUUACAUCGCCAUCUUCGGGUCCUUCUUCAUAAAUUCUGUAUUUGGGUUUUUGAUUGGAAACCCAUGGAAAGGGAUUGCUGCUUCUCUACUACACUUUGGUGGCAAUGUAUUUCUGGUAAAAAACCAAUGUGAAAUCGCACAACUUGCAAUCGAAAUGAAACGUCGUAUGCAGCCGCACAAGGAACCAUCAGAUCUCGAAAAACAAAUUUAUGUCAUCAAUUUCAAUGCCCAAUGAGAAUAAGAAUGUUUUGUACUUGAGAACUUUAUCCUUCCAACUUCAUUUUUCCAUUUUUCAGCGAUUUUUAAAAAGUUUAGAAUCUUUUCUACUUUACUAUUAGUAAUUGAGAAAAUAGGAUUUUCAAAAAAAAAAUCACAUAAAUUGAACAUUAUUUCUGUUGUAGUCUCCAAUUUUAAACAUUAUUGCCUUUAACAAAAUUCAUGAACUCUAAUUAUAAACCUCCUAGUUGAAAUUUUACAUUGUUGCAGUCACUUUAAAAGUGUCUGCCUGAUGUUAGAAAACUCUAUAAACCACAAAAAUGAAUCAGAUCUCGGACCCCAAGAGAUUCCUUCAUUAUGGAAAAUGAUUCAUAUCCACUAUUUUUUAUUAAUUCAUGAUUUCAAAAAAAUAUAUAAACUUUUAAAUGAAGUCAAUGAUAAACAAAGUUGGUUUUCGAUAGAUCAAAACGUCACGAGUUAAUUUAUAAUUUAACGGAGAUUGUCUUCUCAAAAUUUGAAAUCAAACCAGGAAUAACCUUAGUAAAGCUGGCCCACCCAUUCUGGCCAUCUUGCUGCUCUUCUCAAAAGUUCCUAUUUUCGGAUGGACUCUUUUUUUUCAGAACAACAUCUUCAGAUUCUAUUUAGUGGAUGUGUUCUUACGUCAAGUGCAAUUUUAAUUUUCUCCGUUUUUUUUUCGAUAAACUUUCCUU